GGUUUCUCCGGGAUGUUAUUUGAAUUCGAGGGAUCUGCAUCGUGAUUUUUAUUGUAUUCUUUCGGUUUUCAUUUUUUCGGAGAACUUUCCGUCUGAUACUGGUGGGUUUUUGUUAUUGCGACAUGUUUUGAGAGGUCAUUUUAUUUUGUUGUGUAAUCGAGAGGAUGCUUGAGGCGAAGCUGGGAUUAGUUGAUGUUCGUUGAUUAUUGUUGGAUCAUCAUUGUUAAUGAUGAACUGUGUUGAAGUAUGAGAGGCGCCGGGAGUUAUCAGUUCGCAUAAUGGACGAUUUUUUCAUUGAACAAGGAAUAUACGAGUUCCUCGCGAAUGGUACACAAACAGUCGAUCAACUUCAGGGGCAAUGUCGAAUUCUUCGAUUUCCGUGUGAGACGGAACUGUCAUGGCUCGUUAAUAAAUCGCAGUGAAACGUUAACCGUAGAUUCAGUGAUAAAACCUGGAAGCAGCCAGAAUUAAUUUCAGUUGUAGUUAGCAGUAUGAUCUAUUAGAGGGGCGGACGAUCGGAUCAUGGCAUUUUUCCAAUUAGCUCUGAAAGCCAGGAAGCUGGAAAAAGCGAGGCUAAAGUACGAGGAUGAAAAAUUUCGAUCGAUCGAGAUCUCGGAGGGUGCCAAGCCCCGAUACACUUUGAAGCAGCGAAUCCGCCGUCAGAAGUUGCGCAUGAAGAAGAAGAUUCGAAGGGUCUUCGACAAAGUCUUCGCGAUCCCAAGACGUUCUUGGAUCUACCGGAAGAUCGUCGAUGCGCGCACGGACGGGACCCUGGAGAAUUACGUCGCGAAAAGUUUCCUGGGCUUUAUCGGAGGGAUAUUCCUCACAUACAUCUUCUUCGGCUUCUUCGUUAUUCAGCUGAAAUAUAAGCUGUCCUCUGCGACGUUCCUCUGCACCGCGAUCGGAGUCCUCUUAACCCUUGGCCUUGCGUUUUCUCCCAGAGUUCGGUUAGAAAAAUCAAAUAGAAACUUUUCUAUCGCACUGAAAUCCCUAAGGGAUGAUUCUUUAAACUUCGAGCGAGAUCUACUUAUCUUGCGCGAAGAAUCUGAAGAUCGUCCGAUUAUUAUUCGCUUAAAAAGUAGUGUAGAACCUCGGAGAAUCCCGCGAAAUUUCCUGAAGUUCCCUUCUGUUCUCGGUAAUUCUUACUUUUCUACUUUUCUCCGUAGUUGUAUAGUGUUCCUGUUAUUACCCCAAUUCUUCUCGAAGCGGGGACGGCAAGCGUUGGUCGCGUACGCUUUUAUUCUAGCGUUAACCGGGCCGGUGAAGAACACUUUGCAAAACGUCGGCGUUCUUACCGAGUCGCUGGCCUGCGCGCAAGAGCAGCUGAAGGAGGCGGUGAAAACCGUGAUAGAUCUGGCGAAGCAGCCAUUUUACGCUCUACGGGACGCGAUAUCGAAAGUCAUAAAGUCGGUCAAAGCUGUCGUGAAAAGAAUCAAGCAGACCCUGCUCGCGAUCAAGAGGCUCGUCCUUAGUAUAUUGAGAGUCAUCACUUCAGUGUUCCAGUGGCUAGGCAGCGUGAUAAAUAUGUGCAACAAAAAAUUAGGCACACCGUUCGACAGGUGUCAGAGUGUCUUCGAUGGCGCAGUGGCUGACUGCAAAGCGAAACUGGGGCCAUUUUUCGGGGUGGUUUGCAAUAUAACCUACGUGGUCAGUACUCUCUGCUACAUUGUGAAGCCUUUAGAUUUCAUCUGUAUGCUGGUUUCCUACGUGGCUGACACUGUCGUCGGCGCGGUGAAGAGAAAAGUCAAACGGUUCACAAUGCACAUGAAGGCGAUGUUUUACGUUAAGGUGAAGUUCUCUCACUCCUUUCACUUCGAGACGAACCAAAGCAAAACGAUAGGGGACGUGUCCACUGGCAUCGCGACCGAGAUACGAUCGAGGACAGACAAGUUGUUCGGUGUCUUCGACUCGAUCACCUUCGUCACUUCUCUCUUCGUGUUCAUUAUCGUACUUAGAGUAAUGCGUUACCGUUUCAAAUGGCUGACCAGCGAGCGCUUCGACAACCGAUACAUAACUGACGACCUGCGCACUAUCGACAUAAUAAGAGCUCGCCAAGAUAAAGAAACCGUUCUACCGCUUAAUCCGCGGGAGAGAAACAAAUACGCGCCUCUAUCUUCCGUCAUACUGAUCAAAUCCGAGAGGAUUAAGUUAGUCAGGUCUGCGGUGUUUCUGGGAUUGGCUACGAUCAAGUUGAUCUCUUACAUGGUCAUAGACUAUAGCCUCUAUUGGGUAUUGAACACUAUUCAGACCCACGGUCGAUUUCAGAGCAAGGUAGAGAAGCCAAGCGUGGUGACCAUUCACGUAGCAGGGGAAGGGUACAUGUCCGAUCUCUACAGGAGCAUCGUCAAAGCUUUCACGCCUCGCGAGAAGGAGACGGAAAUGAACACGAUGCUCUGCCUUCCGAGCCCCGUGCCGCCUAAUUUCGACAAAUACACCCAGAUCGUCGCGUUGAUCGUCCUCUGCUGGUUCGUAGCUGUCUUCGAGCCCUAUGGACUGCGGCUGAGGCACGUGGUGCUUUGCCAGUAUUAUCCUGACAGGGCGAAGCAACGAGCUGCUUGGUUGUACAACCAUAUCAUCAGAUCGAGGGGAAACUUCCUGAAGUUCGCCAGACGACAGCUUCGCCGGAAGUUCGGUGUGACUGAUGGAGAGAAAAUGGAGAAAGUCACCUUGCAGGACAGAUUGUGGGCGAUAUGUCCGUGUCUGAACGUUCUGUUCCCGCGAAAGCAGAAAAUGUGCCUGUUGUGCGGCGCGGUGGAACGCUCCGACGAUGACCCGCACAUAAAGUGCCCGACUCCGGGUUGCGUAGGCCUGUACUGCUCCCAGUGCUUCGCGGAUAUGCAGAACAUGUGCACGAUUUGCCGGUCGCCGGUGGAUUACGGUGAUUUGUCGGAUAUCAGCGAAGAGAAAGACUCUUCCGAGGAAGAGUAUCCAAUGGUAAAAGUAAAACCUGAAGAGAUGCCUGAGGAAGAGGAGGAACCGAAAUUGGAGGAGGAAGAAGAGAAACUUGAAGAGGAGGAGGAAGAGGAAGAUGAAUUUGAAGAACAGGAAGAAGAAGAACUUGAAGAAGAAGAAGUUGAAGAAGCUGAAGGAGAAGAAGAGGAAGAAGUUGAGGAAGAAAUUGAAGAGGAAGAAGAAGAAGUAGCGCAAGAAGAGAUAAAGGAAGAAACACCAGAGGAAAGAAGGGAAAAAGAGACAAUGGAAGAGCUAGUGAAAACAUCGAAGUCAAAGGAAAUUUCUCAAGAAGUUCUAACGAUAGAUAAACACGCGGCUCAGCAAACGGAAGAGAAAUACGAGGAAGAUUCUGAUUCAGACUAUAGUUACACGUAUCAAGACGAGUCACCAAAGGAAACGAAGAUAAUGAAGAGGGAACCGUUCAAAGAUGUCGAAGCUCAAAAAAUUAGAGACGACGUCACUAUUCAAAUAUUCAACGAGCCACUUGUAAGAGAAACAUGCUCGAGCAGCGAGUCCCUUACAUCUUGUUUCGUAGUGAGGGCGCACAGAAAGGUCCGCGCCAGAUUGAAAAAGAAGCAGGCUCCUAGCGAGAAGGAUUCCGAUUCAUCAUGUUCGAUCGCUGAUUCGUGGUCGACGGAGGAGGUCGACGAGGAGGAAGUAAUACACGUAGAAAUGGACGACGAACGCGAAGAACUACUAGCGAGGGAUCGAAGGGAUAAGGAGAAACGGGGUCGUAUAAAUAGAAUCGUCGGCGCGGUCGCGAGAAUUCCUUGGCUGGGCAAAGGAGAGGAUGAUAGGAAAGUCUGCAAGGGACUGCAAACGAGACGACCAUCCUUGAUGGACAGGAUCGUCGGCAUGCUUCAGAGGAAGCAAAAGACACCGAUACAGACGUACAAGAGGACCAGGAAAAUAAAAGAGUCCUCGUCAUCUUCUUCGUCCUCGUGUUCCGAUGAAAAUGAGACUCUUCUCAGAGCUAAAGACAAAUCAUCUGACGCUAGACACCUGACAAGGAGAAAAUUCAGAAGACGAAUGCUAGAGGACGAGUCUGAUGAGACAGGAAAUUUCGAUUUUAAUCAUCCUCGCGAGAAGAAAUUCGCCACGAAAGAAUUACCGAAGUAUUUGGAGUCAGCUGUGAGGUGCACGUCCUAUUACGAGGUAGACGAAACCGAAGAUUCGCGGUCAGCAGGGAAAUGUGUGCGGCAAGUGGAAGAUGUCAACGAAUCGUCGGACAUUAAGUCAGUCAUUGAUCGAGGACAGAGAUAUGCGUGGAACAUAAGAGAAGACGAUGAAUUGCCUCCUUGUUCUUGUACGUCGAACAUCACACAAGACACAGUAGAAGACUUUUAUUCACUAGGAAUGAGCACUAUGUCCGAACAGACGGAUACUUCGAAGACGGUCACUGGUACGGAGACUGAGAAAAUGUCCUCGGUUACUAAAAGCGACACAGAAUACACUGAGGAGACGGAAUCAUCGUCGAUAGUUACGGGAAAAAGAGAAGCAAAGGAUGUAUUUGAUGAUUCUUCAGAUUUCGAGGACGUGGAAGAUGCGAAGGGAGAUAGAGAUGUGAGCGGAAGUACUCAGGAGGAAAGUGAGAUGAAGGAUGCAUCUAUGAGGGAAGAUAAAAGGUCAACAGUUCGCAAGGAAACUAAAAAAGUACCAGCAUCCAUGAAAGAAGGUAGCAAAUCAGCGGAUCAUAAAGAAAUUAAGAAAGCGUCACUGUCAGUGAAGGAAGACAGGAAGAAAUCUGUGACAGAGGAACGAGCUAGAGGAAUUCUUACGCCUGCCAAGGAAGUUACAAAGACUUUAAGGUCAGAGAAACGAGGUGAACAAGAUUCUAUGCGUGCCCCAAUACACGAUCCCUUGGCAGACGUAGAAUUAUAUGAUGCUGACCAUAAAUCGAAGAAGAAAGGUAAACUUGAACGAGAAGCAGGUGGCGGAGAUGAAAUUAUUGAAGCGAAGGAUGAAGAAGUCAGAGUAGAAGAUACGGAGAAAGCUUCUAAAGAUCAGAGUAUUAAACGGAAGUCUGCUAAAAGUGAGAAGGAAGGGAAAGUGGUUGCGAAAUUCAAAGGACUAUAUUUGAAGGGAAAAACCGCAGAAUCUGCGGAGAAGAAAUUAAAACCUCAAGUGGAAGAUCGUAAAGAAACAUCUGUAGAAGGCAAAGGUAAAAAGAGAAAGAUGUCUGAUAAGUUUAAAGUCCUAUAUUCGAAAGGGAAAGCUGCAAGGCGUAAUAAGGAGGAAAUGGGAGAAAAAUCUGGAGAACUAAAAGAGAGUAUUCCGAAAGGCAAUGAUAAGAAAAGUAAAAUGAUUGAUAAGUUUAAAACACUGUAUUCGAAAGCAAAAUCUGCGCAGUCUGAUAAAAAAGAGGAAGAGGGAGGGGAUAUUGAAGUACAAGAUGUAAAAGAAGUAUCUGAAGACGAUACUGAAAGGGAAGAAGAAGCAGAGCAACCAGAGUCGCAGGAUUUAAAGACAAAAGAUAGGAAAUCUGAUGACAAGGAAGUAGAAAAGAAAGAAACACCUGAAGUGCCAGAUCAAAAAGAAGAAUCCAUGGAAGAUACCGAUGAAAGAGAAGAAGUUACUGAGGAAUCUAGGUUAGAGGACACGGAAGAACAAGCGACAGAUGAUACGGAAAAGAAAGAGUUCAUCGAUGUAAAAGCUGAAGCAUUAAAGGUCGAUAAAGCGACUGAUCUACCUGACAGAAGCAGGCAUACACAGACGAGAGACAAACGUUUUAGUAUAAUUACUGAACCAAUCGCUAAAGUCCAAGAAAUCGAGGAUCCCGAGAAAGAAAAGGGAAAGAAAAGAAAGUGCCCCGAGAAGAAGGAACGAAGGAAGAGAUGCAAGGAAGACAAAUCUCCGAGACGAAGAAAAUGGCGUUAUUUAGAGAAAGUUGAAAUACCAUACGAAGAACGUAGAUGUAAACCAAAGUACUCGAGGGACAGAGAAUAUAAAGGUGUUUCAGAAGAUUUAAGUGGAAAGAGAAGAAAACUUUGUAAACCAGAGAAAUCUUUUCGAUAUGGCGAAGAAGAUCCACAGAUUUGCCAGAGACAGUUUGCAGAGCCUUUUGAAUGUUCCUGUGGAAUGGAUUACUAUGAACGACACGUUUGUCAGCCUGCAAUUGUCAAUCAAAGGGUCUGCCAUUGUCAUCCACGAAACUAUGAACUCCAUGUUUGUCAGAGACCACAUUCGGAACCUCAUAGCAACGUCUACGGACCUUCACUGGAUCAUCCAGAGGAAUUGGAGCAAAGAUUCCAAAUGCCUAAACUAAAAAAAUAUUUGCCAAUGUACCAGAAUCCAGAAUUGAUCGAGGAAUUGAAGGCACACGAUCGAAUGAGAUUAAUUCGGGAGAGAGAAGCGAUGAAUCGAAGACUCGAGAGUCCUCCGCGAUCUCCCGGUCCUGUUUCAGUUCGCCCUAAAAUGGCGGCCAGAACAGUGUGUCAUUUUCCAGGAACCAGCAAAUCGACCGGCAAAGACGAUAGACUCGCUUAUCAAGAGACACAGGCUUAUAAGAACGUGUUACGUGAAUUUCAAAAACGCACAAGUUGCGGGAAACUCAAGGAAACCAUACCGCUGAUACAUUUAUCGAAGAAAGCGGACAGAACGAAGCGUGUGAAGCAGUUGUAUCCGCCUGAAAAGAGAUCUGAUAAGGCGAGAAGGUUCGCGGACCGAGUAAUUGGAUCGUUUAAGCCGAUCGCGUGCAAGAAGCAUAAACGCAAGAACACGCGGAAUUUAUCGUUCGAGCGAAUGGAUUAUUCCUUUGAUCCAGAACUAUUGAGCAACGUGUCUUGCAAUUGCUCUUCCGCCGGAGAAACGACUGAUAAUGACGAGUCUUUGCAGUGAGGGAGUGAAAAUGUUUGAAACUUGUUGCGUUAACGUGUCUGUUGUACAAUUGAUAGUAAUACUAACAAUAAUAACUUUAUAACAUUAUAUAAAAGAAAGAUGUAACAUCUACUUGUUCCUUCUCGUAGAAUUUGUAUUAGAAUCAUGUCAAUCGUUAUCGAAAUAUUUCGUAGAAAUAUUGAAAAUCUCGAAAAAUCUUUGAAAUUUGUAAAUAGCAGCCAUUAGCUCGGUAUGAUCCUCGAUAUCGAAUACUUUAUCGAGGGUAAUACCGAUUGCCCAGGUCUCACCACGUGGAGGUUGCUGCGAAGAGACCCAUCGAUCA